AACCAAGACCGGGCUAUGCCGCCAAGGCUCACUUUCGAUUGAUGAUGCCUCCUUUGGCGGAAAUACCGGCAGGAGUUGCGGCAGCGAGAACAGCGAUAGAAGGAAUGCAAAACCUAGUCCUUGGCAAACAUCCAACUCCCGGGAAACUCGAUGAGCUGCUGAGAUGCGUAGUCGAAAAGUGGUGUACCGGCACGAAUCCAGCCGAAACGAUAAGCAAAAACGAGCAAUUCGUGUGUUUGCUGCGGUGGAUGCUUGAGAGAAACCCGGAUCGAAGACCGCAUGCUUCGCAAUGUUUACAGGACCAGUAUCUUGCGGAAGCUGCAAAAGAGAAUUCGCAACUAACGACCACGAUACCGGAUGAGGCCAGGAAUACUUUGCACGCGAUUCUGAGACAAAGUUCGCAGAAUGUUCACGUUCAGCCUAGAACA